AAAACUAACAUGUUGAGGGGACACAGAAAAAUAUGUCUCGAUUUUAUGUGCCUUCGAAAAUUAAAAUCGAUAUUUCCGACCAAAAGGCACAACAAAUUCUGUUCAAAUCUCUAAAGCAUCCUGUUAUCAAGAUGAGUGCGGAAGAUCUCACAACCGCUGUGGUCAUCGACAAUGGAUCUGGUAUUUGUAAGGCGGGAUUCUCCACAGAAUCAUCGCCUCGCAUUGUCUUUCCCUCAAUAGUGGGAAGGCCACGACAUUUGAAUGUGAUUUUAGACUCGGCCAUCGAUGAUUGCGUCAUUGGGGAUAAUGCGGUUAGGAAGCGAGGCAUACUUACACUGAAGUAUCCCAUUGAGCAUGGUGUGGUUACAAACUGGUCCGACAUGGAGAAGAUCUGGAAACACACAUACGCCAUGCUGCGCUGCGAAUCAGACACUCAUCCCGUCCUGCUCACAGAACCGCCACUGAAUCCCAAAAAGAAUCGCGAAAAGAUGACUCAGAUUAUGUUUGAGAAUUUCCGGGUACCCGCACUAUAUGUGGCCAUCCAGGCCGUGCUCUCGCUCUAUGCCACCGGACGUACCAUUGGCAUUGUGGUUGACUCUGGCGACGGCGUCACCCACACUGUGCCCAUCUACGAGGGCUACGCAUUGCCGCACGCCUGCAUGCGCAUGGAUCUCGCUGGACGGGAUCUCACCCACUAUCUGGGCAAACUGCUCAUGGAACGUGGACUCACGUUGAGCACCAGUGCUGAGCGUGAGAUCGUCAGGGAAAUCAAAGAAAAGCUCUGCUAUGUGGCCACCAAUUUCGAGGAGGAACUGCAACUGUUUGCAGCGCACAAGGGUGAAUUGGACCAAAUAUAUGAACUGCCCGAUGGCCAAAAGAUAAACGUUGGCAACGAGUGCUUCCGUUGCCCGGAGGCGUUGUUUAAGCCAAGCAUGCUGGGCCAAGAGGCGGCAGGUAUUCACGAAGCCAUCUACAAUUCGAUCAUUAAGUGCGACAUGGAUCUGCGCCGGGACAUGUACUCCAACAUUGUGCUCUCGGGCGGCACAACCAUGUUUCGCAACAUCGAGGUGCGCCUGCAACAGGACAUUGCGGCAAUGGCGCCAUCAACGAUGCGCAUUAAAAUUACCGCCAAUCCGGAGCGAUGCUUUGCCGUCUGGUCAGGUGGAUCAGUAUUGGCAUCACUCUCCAGUUUCCAGAACAUGUGGAUCGAUGCCUCGGAGUACGAUGAAGUCGGUCCAAGCAUUAUACACCGCAAGUGCUUCUAGAUCUAGAAAAUUCUAUCGGCAGGAGCACACAA